UGUUUCGGUUCCAUGUCUAGCGACCCGCGCCUUGGGUCUCAGCGGCUGCCCGUCUCACUCCCCGCCCUCUGGCCUGAACCCGAAACUACUCCAAGCCUCCGGGAUUUCCUGCGGGGGCGUGGAGGGGCGAGGGCAAUCGUUGGCAGCUACUCCGGACCCCAGCCGGCCGCCAAUGGGUGGCCGCCAGUGGAUAAAGAUAGAGAAAAUGAAAAAGAGAAAAAAUCAGUGAUCUGUGUUGAGGGCAAUAUUGCAAGUGGGAAGACGACAUGCCUCGAGUUCUUCUCCAAAACAACAGGGAUUGAGGUGUUACAGGAGCCAGUGCCCAAGUGGAGAAAUGUCCGUGGCCAUAAUCCUCUGGGUCUGCUGUACCGCGAUGCUUGUCGAUGGGGCUUCACGCUGCAGACAUAUGUGCAGCUCACGAUGCUGGACCACCACACUCGUCCCCAGACAUCACCGGUACGAUUGAUGGAGCGGUCGAUUCACAGCGCAAGAUAUGUUUUUGUAGAAAACCUGUAUAGAAGUGGGAAGAUGCCUGAAGUGGACUAUGUGAUUCUGGCAGAAUGGUUUGAUUGGAUUGUGAGGAACAUCGACGUGUCCAUUGAUUUGAUAGUUUAUCUCCGGACCACCCCUGAGACCUGUUAUCAGAGGUUACAGAUGAGAUGCAGGGAGGAGGAGACAGUCAUUUCCCUGGAAUACUUGGAUGCUCUUCACCGCCUCUAUGAGGAGUGGCUCUUCAAAGGAGGCCUUUUCCCUGUGGCAGCCCCUGUUCUGGGCGUCUGGAGGAGCACCACUUGCUGUCCUGGGCAGUUACCCAGCGAUGCCCUUAGGAGGUGCUGAGGUGAUUGAGGCUGACCACGACAGGAAGAAAAUGUUAGAACUCUUUGAACAAAACCGGGACCGCAUACUAACUCCAGAGAAUCAGAAACAUGGCUCAUAGGACAGGAAAGAUCAUGCCAGAAAAAUGCCCACUGCUGCCAAGUUAGCUGUUAGGAGCAAUUUGGGAAAAUCAACUUCCGGGAGGGCUUUAUAUUUGGCCACAUUGUUUUCCUGAUGGUCUCUUCCUCUUUGCCAGUGUCUUCAUCCUGGGUCUCUGGUCCUUGCAGGUAAAUGACAAAUGGGACCAGUGGGUUUGUCAUGCCCUUUGGUGGUCGUAGCCUUGCAUUCAUUCCCCCAGUGCCUCUCCUGGUGGUUUCCCACUGCUGGGUCCCUCUGAUUAAGGGAAGAGCCUCCUGACCUCAUGCUGGGUUUGGAGUCCCUAACCCUUCCCCGCCACGCAGGAGGGUGGGGUAGUCACCCUUACAUCCCAGGGAGGAAGUUGAAGCUCAGCGAGGCCAAGGGACUCCCCUGGGUCACACAGCCAGUGACGAUGGAGUUGGCACAGUUCAGACUUUAGGUGACUCUGAAACGUUCUCUGCCUGUCAUCCUGAGAGCCUGUCUUCCCUUGCUGGAGAUCUCACGUCUGUGUGGGGAGAGCCAGCAGUGCGUGGAGCCAGCAUCCUCAUUUUCUCAUUAUGUGAGCGGUUCUCGGGGACAGUCAGCAUUCCUGGACCUUCACAAAAUUGUGCUGUGUUUGGCUUGAGCCCAGCGUCCGGUGCUUUCCCAGCAUGAGGCUGCUGCGGCAUUUCCCACCUCAUCAUCUGGACUUCCGUGUCCUUGAGGGAAUCGUGCUUUGACUUCUGCACGGUGCUUGGUGUCCUUGGUGACAAAGGCCUGCCUGAGCUGCUGCCAAUUCCAUGUCAGGGACGUGGCUUUUGGUGCCUGGGUGGUUUGCCCGGUGCCAAGCUGGGGCAAGGGGCACCAGCGCCCUGGCUUCUGAAGCUCUCUUACCUUGUGAUGGCCUGUGUGAGGAGCUUUGCCCUUGGAAUUACUGAGAGUCUGUGGGCUGUGGGAGAGGUCUGAGUGGCCUUAAGUCUUUUUGAAAUGUUUUUCCAUGAAGGGGACACCUUGGAUCAUAGAGCAUGAACUCAUCUUUAUUGGUUCAGAAUAUAUCUUAGCUUCUCUCAGCUGUAACAAUACAUCACAGCCAUAGCUGCCUCUUGAGUCCAGUGGGAAGCAGAGAGAAAUAACAUUCUCUUAGGAGACAGUCUGGACAAGAAGGUCAGGGCUCGCAAGCAAAGGCUCUUGGAGCACUGGUACUCCUGAUAUUUUGGAGGUGGGUGGAGAUCAGAAGACUGUUGUCGACACAGAGAAGGGCCGGUUGUGAGCUUUGGGGAAGCAGGCCUCAGCUCUCCUGAGCAGCGGUUGGUGUAAACGCAGGUUGGAAGGCCUCGCCAUGGCCUCUGCGGGAGUGUGGCACCUGUGCAUGCAGCUGUCUGACUCUGCGUGGGUUACAGGUGCUCUGGUGGUCCAGUUCCAGAGGGAGCACUAAGGGGGCAAGACUGUGACUCCUGGACCAAAUCUUGGGCUACGCGGGCAGGAUGAGGGGCAGCCCCGUGGGGAUGAGCCUCUCAGUCCAAAUGUCAGUGAUUGACUAGAUGCCCAGGGGAGGUGAGAGCCUGUGCUACCGGGGAUCUUGACGGGCCAGGGAAGUCUCUGGGAAUUUGUAGAUGAACAGUCCAGUGUUUUCCCCACAGCUUAAUUUGAGCAUCUGUUUUGGGGGAAAUGUAAUUUUAAAAAAUAAAUAAAAUCUUGCUCUGUAGUAGCCAAUAAAUUCUUCACUGAAAACCUGAGGUUAACUUUGGAGUGCUUCCUAGGCCAGUGAUUUUAGCUCCCUGCAGCAUCCUUUUGCCAGUAGGAUAAUGUGGUUUCGUUUUCUAAACCCCGUCUUUCCUAACAUGGGAGGUUUGGGUCCAAAAAAGCUCGCCAUCCUCUUGCUCUGGCACCACGGACAGGAUGCCGUGUACCUGCAGCGGCCAGUGGAGGUGGCAAAAAUCUCCCAGCCCACGUAUGUCACACAAAAUGGCUGGUGCUCAGCUUGCACAUAUGAGGCUUGCCUUCCCCAUGUGGCAGGCAGGGCUGGUGACAUCAGGAGUCAUGGAGCAGGGCAGGAAAAGGGCAGAUGGCACACGGUAGGCACGACACCUAGUUUUUAGAGCUGAGGGAGGCACUCCUCAGGGACUCCCAGGAAUGGCUCAGAGGGGCAUGGCAGGGGCUGGCUCCUUGAAUUGCUGACAGGGCAAGCCAGGGCAGUGAUGUUCCAGAUUUAUUGGUGUUGCCCCAUUCUUACCCUGAGGUGGGGUUCUGUAGAGCAUUGCAUGAGUAUACCCCAGAGCCACCUCAGCGGCUUUGACCCUUGGUAAUUAAAAAAAAAAAUGUUUAAUAGCAUAUACAUCUUCUUGUACUCAGCAUGUUUAGUGAAAUAAUUCUGAUUUAUACUUCAUAUUUUUAAUUUUAUAUGCAAAAGCAUGAUUAGAAUCAUUCAGAAAUAGUUCAUGUACCUGGUGAUUAAAAAAAAAAUGAGAUAGAAGUGUAUUUCUGUCGCACGUAAAAGGGCAGAGGUGGGUGAUCCAGGACUGGUAUGGUGGCUCCGAGGACAUGGGAUCCCGGGCUCUCUCUGGCUUUCUGUUCCCAGCUCAACUUCCUGGUUUGUGGCUUCCUUCCUCCAGGGACUUCCCUGUCCAAGAUGGUGCCAGAGUUCCUACGCUGGCUAAUGAAGGCAUCAGGACAUAUUGCCUGUCCCCCAUUCAUACUUUAAUUCUCAUGUGGAUGAGGACCUUUGCAAGGCACAACUAAGAUAAGCCAGAAGGUUCUAACAGGAUUUUUCUAGAGGCCUUAGAGGUGGGGGAAAGACAGGAAGGAAGUCAGGACCCACAGGCUGGGCCACAGAUGUGGUGUCAGUGCUGUGGUACCCUCUUUCCCUCCUUUGUGCCCUCACAUCACCUCACCCUCACUGCCAGGGACCACAGUGUCCUCAGCUCGACCCGCCUCGUGCGCUGGGUGUAGCCCGGGAAGGGCAGAGGCCACCAGUAUAAUGCACUCCCACAGCUUGGCUCUCAGGAGGCCCUCCCUAAACCGUGGUUCCUGGGAAAGAAUGUCCUCUUUCAUUUCCACCUGAGCUGCUUACCUAGAUAAGUGUACCCGUCCCUGCCUGUGAGAUAUAUCAGUUGGAGACCUUUAGCCGGGACUCCCCCAGACCCCCAACCAUCAGACCUGGGGAAGGAUUGAAGUGUGUACAACUCUGAGAAAAGGUAGAAGGCGUUUCCAGAACCUACCCACCCCCUGGGUGCUGUUGAAUCUGUGCCAUCUUGUUUUCCUAGAGCCCUGGGGCCGGAUGGGGGCGCUCACAUCAAAUGCUCACAUAUCUGUGGAAUGAGUAAUACUUAUCCCUGUGGCCUCUCCACCCAGAAGAAUUACAGUUAUUAAAGUAAUUGACGAGCUUUUGGAAAUGUCAGCCCUCCAUUGUUGGAAAUCUAAUAAUAAUAAUACCCCGCCUGGUGCCUCUGGGCUUUGGUGGUGGAUUACUCACCCAGGGCCCCAGGGUCACUGGCACAGGGCUUUCUUUUCCUAAUAACUCCAACCCCGCAGCUCCUCUAAGAAGGCGGAGUGAACUCUGUGUUCCUUUAGUUUACAUAAGAUAGUGAGCUUGCCAAAGGCUGUCAUUAAACAGAAGCUAAGAGAGAGCUAGUCUUGCGGAAUCCAGAGUGGGUAUCCACUUUUGCUGCUCUCUUCCCGAAUUUCUGCAUUUCUUGGCUUGUUGUUCUUCAAGGCUGGGGUCCGUGGAACACAGGUGUUGUAGGAGAGAGUAACAGGUGUUCUGAGAAAAGAGGGUUCCGUAGUCCAGGAAAUUUGGGAAGCACCACCUGGGUAUUUUCUCUAAGAUGCACAAGAUACAUUAGUUUAGAUAAACUCAAGCAGUCCUGUGAGAAAAACACCUUUUCACCCUUAUGUAAGCCAGGGACUCUCAGACUCAUUGACAGUAGAACCCCUCAUUUGGGGGAUAUCCAUUAACAAUCUCCAGAAGUGCCAGGGUUCCUCGGGACACACAUUGGGAAAAGCACUGUUUUAGGGAGUCUGCAGCUGCUGAUGACUCUUGGCUUUUGUGCCCUUUGGGAAUCUCUAGCUCUUGGUUCUCCAGGUUCAGUACAUCUGAAUCCCCAGAGGGCAUGUUGAAACAUGGAUUACCACGUCCACCCACAGAGUUUCCAAUUGAGUGGAAUCCAGUUCUGGGGUGGGCCUGAGACUGUUUUCUAACACCAUUCCCGGGAGUGAUGAGUCCAGGGAACUCCCUGGGUUUAAAGUUUCUAGGACUGGACAUCCCAGAGUUCCAAGAAAACUUGGCAUCUUGGUGGUGGUUGAAUGUGUUGUGAGUGUUGGUUAUCAUAUCUAUCAAAUGGGAGCAUUGCUCAUUUCUCCGGGCUGUGAGGAUAACUGACCCGGCAUAUGGAAGGGGUCUGGACCAGGGCCUGGUAGGCAGUAAGUGUCCCAUAAAUGUUAGUUCACCUGAUGUUUCCUGGAAAACUGACUGGAAUGCAGUUCGUUGGCCGAGUAAUGGCAGCAGCUGCAGUGAGUGGCACUUUCUGUCAGAGCAGCGUGGGCACACGCUCUCACCAAUUAAUUGGGACCACCUUGAUGUAUCUGUUCAGGUCACAGGCCUGGUUGAGGCUGACCUUCGGGACUUUACCUCUGUAAAGUGCCUCAUGACCUUUCUAGAAUAGCAGAGUAUGGGGCAACCAACUGGCCUUUCUUUUCUUUUUAUAAAUGCUCCUGUUUCUCGUGGGGACUCUGGGUCUGCACCUGGCAUCCUGAGGCCUGAGAGGGAGAGCUGGGAGAGACAUAACUGCUCCUCAGGCCGUGAGAAAUGACACUGCUUCUUGCACCAGCAAGGCCCUGGAGUUCCUUACACAAUAAACGAAUGGUUGUCUUGCU